AAGAACCCAUGGUCAAAAAGCCUCUAUCAGAGGAUGCAGCAUUUUCCUAAUUCACCAGAAACGGAAAAUAAGCAAAAGCGGGAAAAUGGAGAACCCUAGCAGUAGUGAAAGAUGGAACAGAGCAGGGAUCGAUGAUAGCAUGCUGGCCAUGUUCGAUGCCUCCGAAACCAAGGAUGCUCAUCAAGAUGCCCUCGAUGAUCGGAUUACUUUUCUUGAUGCUGUUCGUGCUUCUUCAAUUGUGCCUGAACAUGGAAAACCACCCACUUCAAAAAUUUAUGGGGCGAUCUUCCACAUGCUGAGGACAGGGAAGUCUUUAGAGUUGAUUGUGGGAAGUUAUAAGCUUCUAGUUGACUUAGACAAGCGCUUCCCUCGUGUGUAUUUAUCUGGCACGGAUGAUUCCAGGUCGUCAUCUAACUCUUCAUCAAAAUUGGUUGUGGUUAAAGAGGCAUGGUCUCCCAUCAUUGAUUGCCCGGAUAAUGCUCAUGCUGUUGGUGAAGCAGGUGACAAACGGUCUGGUGAACCUCUUGACCCCUCUAGCUUUCACGUCCUGAUUGAAGAGCUCACUGAAAUUUUUUCUGAGACCAAAUUUCAAGCAGCAAGCAUCGAGCCCUUGAGGAACAUGUUACUCUUUCAGUACCUUGUCAUUGUUUUUGAGGAUGAUUUUCUACCUCGCAAUGCAACUUUGAACUGGAGCAUGCAGAGGGAGUCUUUGCUCAGCCUGCUACUGGGAUCUAGGAAAAUAAAUUACAAAGGCUUGAUGAAGGAUUGCAUGGCAAUUAUUUGUCAACUAUCUCAAAUUCUUCAAAGUGAACUCAGUAAUCAUUUGGAGCUUCAAGAAAGUUCUGAAUCUAAGUUAUCCAAAAAUUGUCAUAGUGCAUUGUCUCUUGCUUUACUCGGGGUUUUAAAGGACACGUGUGUCUCAAUUGAGAAACUUUUAGUGAUGAUUAUGGAUCUUGACAUGGCAAGGAAGAAAGCAAAUAUUGAAGGUCACACUACGAGAGCGGACAGUCCAAGAACACCCUUGAUCGACAUAAUUCUGGAUGAACUAGCUUACUACAAAGAUAGUGUCCCUGUUUUUCUUAAGAUCUUCAGUGAACCUAAAUGGAAGCUGGAAAUAGUUGUGCAAUAUCUGUGGAAAUACAUAACCAAGCCUUCUGUUCGCACUCGUAAGUCAAAUGAUUAUACCGAAGAUUCAACAUUUGUUGGGGCUUUGAAGUGCUUUUCAAAUAAAACUAGCACUAAGAGCUUAAUAAAAAAAAUUGGUGUAGAUGUAGUUCAAUUCCUUCUGGCUCAUGGUUUUCAGGCUCAAUUGUCAAUAUUGUCAAAAGGAAAUGCUGAUGACAACAUUGCUGGUAACAAAGAAGGGGGAGUCAGUGCUCUUGUGGAUUUGUGUCAUACUUUCAUCUCUGCUUUUGAUAAUUUGAGAAGCACGGAUGAGCAUAUGGAGAUAUUAUCAAUAGGAAAAGAGGCACUAUUUACUGCAGCAACUAUUAUCUCCAUGAAAUCAUAGGAGUGCUAUGCCGCAGCACUGUAUAGAAAAAUACAGCCUCUUUUGUAGUCAAGCUUGGGCUGGGCUUAUGUAGCUUGGAACCACGUGUUAUAUAAGAUACACGUGUGCAGGUAGUCCCAACUGAUGCAUCAUCUUGAAGGAGGUUUAAUUUUUUACAAUUGUUUGUUCAGAUUUGACAACAAUGCAGAUAAUGACACCAUCUUUGAGAUUCUUUAAUCACAUGAUAUGAUUCAUCAAUUUUCAGGGCAAUGUAUUUUUUUUUUUUAAUGAACAUGAUCUAUGUAAUAUCUAAAAACUGAUAAUCAAUAA